GCUGCCGCCAACCCCGCGCCGCGUCCCCGCCCCUCCGCCAUGGCCGAUGUGGAGGACGGGGACGAGCCGGGCGCCCCCCACUCGCACCCAGCCUUGGCGGGCCCUAAGGCGGGCACCCCCGACAGGAUGUUUUCGCUGAAGAAGUGGAACGCGGUUGCCAUGUGGAGCUGGGAUGUGGAGUGCGACACCUGCGCCAUUUGCCGAGUGCAGGUCAUGGAUGCCUGUCUUAGAUGUCAAGCUGAAAACAAACAAGAAGAUUGUGUUGUGGUUUGGGGAGAAUGCAAUCAUUCCUUCCACAAUUGCUGCAUGUCCUUAUGGGUGAAACAGAAUAAUCGCUGUCCCCUCUGCCAGCAGGACUGGGUAGUCCAAAGAAUAGGCAAAUAAAAACACUGGAAGUUGUUGGUUUUUUUUCUGUUGAACUUGUUGAAACAGUGUAUGUCUUGCACCAUAUGCUCAUACAAAAGAAUGGAACGUGUUGGUUGUGGCAUGAUUUAUUUAGGGUUUUUGCCACGGGAUCAGUGUGGUUUUCUUGUAUGCUCUUUAUUAUACGAGGAGGCAGCAGUCAGUCUUACUGCAGAUAUAUCCAUGUCUGAAAAAAGAGAGGCACUACAUUGUGAAGUCUAUCUGUUACAAUUUGAAUUUUCACUGCAUCAGAGCACAGAAAUGUGAUGGUGCAGAUCAUCCCCUCAUUACAGUUUAUUUAAUGCUUUUGCUUAGGUCAGUGAAUUCAUUGGAAAGGGCAACUUUACCUGUAAGUCUGAUAUGCUGCAUGGUUUAUUGUGAGGAUAAAGAAAUUGUUUUCUGAGUAAAAUUUUACACAAAACCUCAGUUGGAUGUGUUUUUUAGAAAGUAUUCUGGUUAUGAAUCUGAAAUGGUGUGUGAAACAUAUGCCAUGUGCUUUUUCCACCACACUGUACUAAACAUUUCUAAUUCAGGGUUUCUUCUUGACCGCAGAAGGAUUUGUUUUGUUGUAUCUCUAAGUCUGUUGCUCUGUUAUAUUCCAUACAUGGUUUCUACAAUCAUAGUAUUAAAAGUUAAGGACAUUAAUAUUUUUUUAAUUUAUAUUUCUGGUAAAAAUUGUGGAUGCAUUCUUAAUCCAGGGACUUUUGGUACAAAGACACGUUUGAUAUUGUUUAACCGGGGGCAUAACCAAUCUCUCUGCUUAGUUGACUAAUGCAGAAAGCUAACAAAACAGAUAAUUGAAAUAUCCCAAGGAAAGCAGGUACUAACUGUGUCUAGAGAAUAAUUUUAAAUUGUGGUUUCAUGAAGAUUCAGUAAAUAGAGAUCAUCCUUUUGUUGGUUAAAAUAAAUUACAGCUAGUGGAAGUGGCAGAAAGCAUUGUUUCAUUUUGGUGGAAAUCCUCCUAUGAAUCCUGAUUGUGUUUCUUCUUACAGAUAUUCCAGUACUUGCCUCUGACUAUCACUUCCCUAAAUAUACAAAGUAAUUACUAUUAAACUAAAAGUACACUGGUGGGGGGGGAGGGGAAGGUUUUUAUAUUUAUGUAAUAGGUUGAAUUACUGCUGAAGUCUGUAACAAAAUCAGGCUUAAUAAAAUGGUUAAUAAAGCUGGGUGAAAUUAAAGCAA